AUGAGAAACAAAAAAGCUUUCUACGACCCUAGGGAGCUCAACGAUGGUGGAAACACGGUUACAGGAGAAACGCGCACACUCGCAGACAUCGUCGAGGAGCUGCGUAUUCGCCAGGAGCAACACUCGGAUGAACUCAAGGGCCACGUGGAAUCACUCGACGCUCGCUUCUCAAAGCUCGAGUCUUUCCUCUUCAUACACCUUCCCCACAGUUCCGCUCAGCAGCAACAACCUCAGGAACCAAGCCCGACCCCGUCCGCUAUGCAGCUUUCGCCGAGCUCCAGUCGACCACCAGAUCCACCCGAUCGACCUGGUUCUGAUCAGAUCCGCGCUGAGCGUAGUUCCGCCGAUGUUUCUCGCCAGUACCCACUUACGAACAGUUUGUCAUCGCGCCUCACGAAGGUUGGAUUUCCUAUGUUCAAUGGAUCUAAGCUACGUGAGUGGAUCUAUCGCUGUGACCAGUUUUUCGGCUUAGAUCACACCCCUAUAGAGCAACGAGUUCCCCUAGCUUCGAUGCAUCUCGAAGACGAGGCCCUCGAAUGGCAUCACAACUUCAUCGCAGAGCGGUAUGGGAUCUUACCCUCCUGGUCUGAUUAUGUGGUGGACAUUUCUGCUCGAUUCAGCGGCAUCGUUAACGACCCCCUCUCGGAGCUCGUUUCUUUGAAACAAGGCAGUGAUUCUAUCGACGUGUACCUGAAGAAGUUUGAGAGUGCCCGGACCCGUGUCACCCUCACAGCGGCCCAUGCUCUGAGCAUAUUUUUCACGAAUAUGCAACCCCAUCUAUCGCUACACGUUCGACAGUUCGCGGUUACGUCUAUCUCGGAGGCUGCAAGAAUCGCAAAACUUCAUGAAGCUGCUCUUGCUCAGACCCCUCAGCGAGCCCUCCGAGCUCCCUUCAAUCCACUAGCGACUCCGAAGUAUUCUGGCAGCCCCCUUUCUAAGGGACCGAGCUCUUCUCCGUUGCUUCUCCUACCUGAUACUUCGAAGUUGUCCAGGCCGAACUUCAUCCCUCGUUCUAAUGGGGAUAAGUUACCUCGUAAGUUCAGUUAUCAAGAGAUGCAAGAACGGCGUGCUAAGGGCCUGUGUAUGUUCUGUGACGAGGGCUUUUACACCUGGGCAUCAACUCAAGCAUAA